AUGUUUCGAACCCUGGAUGAAAAAGUGCUGAAAGAAAUUUGUCAAAGCCUUCAGCCAGUGAUGUUUACUGAGGAUACCUACAUUGUUAAAGAGGGGAAACCGCUUGAUAAGAUGUUAUUCAUCACGCAAGGCAUUGUAUGGAGCUACGGAUCUAGUAAUAAUAAUGGAAGCACUCGUUGUCUUAAGAAAGGUGAUUUCUACGGAGAAGAACUUCUAAACUGGGUAUCGGAAGUUAGCUACCUCACUGCCUUACCGAUCUCGACCAGGUUUGUCAAGUCCCACACACAUGUUGAAGCCUUUGUUCUAAGGGCUUACGACUUGAAAACUAUUGUUUCCAAAAACUGGUUGCAUUUUUCCAAGUUCACUCCGCCCUCUCAGAAGCAGCAUCUUGCAGCUUCUUCGCUUCAAGAAAGUUGGCGCCGCCAUCAUGAAAAGAGGGCACGGGCUGUGCAUCUUGCCCAGCUGAGAGAAAUGGGGAAUAACAAGAUAACGGAUGAAGUACCUCUUCUAGGCCAGUUCAAGUAG